AUGGAGUCGACCUUGUAUAAUGCAGCGAUGAGAGGCAAUAUCGGAAAUGGCAAUUUUCUGCUUGCUGAUCAUUUGAAAAGGAAUGAAGAAAAUGGCUACCAAGUCACUCCAAAGGGCAACACGGUCCUCCAUGUCGCAUCCCUCUAUGGAAACUCCCAUUUAGUGGAAGAAGGCCUUAAGAUCACUCCGGCAUUGUUAUGCUAUAAAAACAAGAAAAAUGAAACCGCUCUUCUCAUAGCAGCUAAUGAAGGACACACUGAAGUAGUACAUGUGCUACUUGCACGUAUAGAAGAUCAUAAUACUAAGGAGAAACUCACGAGGAUGACAGGUGCUAGUGGAGAUACAGCCCUGCACAAGGCCGUGCGGAGCCAACAUCUAGAUGUGGUUAAGAUCUUGAAACUAAUUUAUGCUGCAGGUCCAUCUAAUAGAACGCCGCUGCAUGCAGCAGUAAUUCAGGAACAUAAAGGAUUGGAAGACGUAGUUUCUGAUAUGCUGGGGUGGAAAAAAUCCUUAGUGUACCUUUCGGCAGGCAGUGAAAAUGACUGGAUGACAGCAAUUCACAUUGCAUCCAGUGAAGGUGAUGUAAACAUGAUAAAUAAGCUGUUAAAUCACUGCCCCGAUUGUUGGGAUAUGCUUGACAGCAACAAUCAAAAUGCUCUUCAUGUUGCCGUACUGAACAAUCAAGACAAGGUAGUCCGCUUCUUAUUAGACUCUGAUAAGUGCGACAACCUUGUUGAUGAGCCAGAAAGCGACGGCAACACUCCUCUCUAUUUGGAGAAAUUGGUGGAGGAUUUGUGUAGCAUUGGCCGAUUUGAAAAACGUGACUUUGAGGUAAAGAGGAAGUACGAGUACAUGCACAAUCCAAAUGCUGAAACGGGAACAGGUUUCAAAAUGCAACUGAGGGAAGUUGAUCACGAUAAAACUAAAAAGGCAGAUCAAAUAGAAGUCGAAAGUAUUAUGAAGGCAGCUCAAAUUCAUAUUGUUGUGGCCACUUUGAUAAUGACAGUCCCUUUUGGCGCUGGUAUCACAUUGCCAGGAGGUUUCGAGAGCGACUCCGAUAGUCCUAAUCAAGGGAUGGCGAUUCUAAUAAGGAAAACAACAUUUCAUGCAUUUGUUGUUUCCGAUGCCAUUGCCUUCACAUUCUCGGUUGUUGCCAUAUUCAUCUACUUCCUCAUGGCUGAUACAAGUAGAGAUCCUCAAAGUAAGAAAAUUGUAAAGAAGCUUUAUGAUCUCGCAGGUAUUUUUCAGUGCUUAUCAAUGUUAGCAGUUGUAAUUGCAUUUGCAAUGGGUAUGUUUGCUACCUUAUCACAUUCCCUUGGUCUUGCCGUUACUGUCUGUUCCAUAGGUUGCCUUUCUAUUUUGUUGUACUUCUUGGUUGUGAUCUAUAUUUGUAGAUAUAUGAAGAAUAUAAGUGAGUAG